AUGGAUACUCUGCUGGAAGCAAAUGCUACUUUUGCCUUAAACCUUUUAAAAAUCCUGGGUGAAGACAGCUCCAAAAAUAUAUUUUUCUCACCCACAAGCAUCUCUUCAGCCCUGGCCAUGGUCUUCCUGGGGGCAAAAGGAACCACUGCAAGCCAGAUGAUUCAGGCACUGUCUUUGGAUAAAUGCAGCAGCAAUGGAGGUGGAGACGUCAUCCACCAGGGCUUCCAGUCACUUCUCACUGAAGUGAACAAGACUGGCACACAGUACUUGCUCAGAACAGCCAACAGGCUCUUUGGGGAAAAGACUUUUGAUAUCCUAGCGUCUUUUAAAGAUUCCUGCUGCAAGUUCUACGAAGCAGAGAUGGAAGAGCUGGACUUUAAGGGUGAUACAGAGCCAUCCCGACAGCACAUCAACAUCUGGGUAGCCAAAAAGACAGAAGAUAAAAUCAAAGAGUUGCUGUCUCCAGGUACAGUAAAUUCAAACACUCAGCUGGUCCUUGUGAAUGCCAUCUACUUCAAAGGAAUCUGGGAAAAACCAUUUCACAAAGAGGACACCCGGGAGAUGCCAUUCAAAGUCAGCAAGAAUGAGAAGAAACUUGUACAAAUGAUGUUUAAGAAGUCUACCUUUAAGAUGACCUAUGUGGAAGAGAUAUCGACCAAGAUCCUGUUGCUUCCCUAUGUUGACAAUGAGUUGAACAUGGUCAUCCUGCUUCCAGAUGAACAUAUUGAACUGAGUAUGGUGGAAAAGGAAAUAACUUAUGAGAAAUUUAUAGAGUGGACGAGGCUCGACAAGAUGAAGGGAGAAAAGGUGGAGGUUUUCCUCCCACGGUUUAAGCUGGAGGAGAAUUAUGACAUGAAGAAUGUCCUGUGCAGGCUCGCCACCAUGGAUCCUCUGCUGGAAGCAAAUGCUACUUUUGCCUUAAAGCUUUUGAGAGUAAUGGGUGAAGACAACUCAAAAAGUGUAUUUUUCUCACCCCUGAGCAUCUCUUCAUCUCUGGCUAUGAUCUUAAUAGGAGCAAAUGGAACCACUGCAAGCCAGAUAAGUCAGGUACUUUCUUUGGAUAAAUGCAGCAGCAAUGGAAAUAUAGAUAUCCACUGGAACUUCCAGUCAUUCCUCACUGAAGUGAACAAGACUGACACAGAGCGCAUGCUCAGAAGAGCCAACAAGGUCUUUGUGGAUGAUAAUUUUGAAAUCUUAGCAUCUUUUAAAGAUUCCUGCUACAAGUCCUACAAAGCAGAGAUAGAAAAGUUGGACUUUAAGGGUGCUCCAGAGAAGUCCCGACAGCACAUCAACAACUGGGUAGCCAAAAAGACAAAAGAUGUAAUUAAAGAGUUACUAUCUCCAGAUACAAUAAAUUCAAACACUAGGCUGGUCCUUGUGAAUGCUAACUACUUCAAAGGAAACUGGAAGAUGCCAUUUAACAAAGAGGACACCCGGGAGAUGCCAUUCAAGAAUGAGAAGAAAAUAGUUCAAAUGAUGUUUAAGAAGUCUAUCUUCAAAAUUUACUACGUGGAAGAGAUAUCUACUACUAUUGUAUUGCUUCCUUUUGCUGGCAGUGGGUUGAACAUGGCCAUCAUGCUUCCAGAUGAAUAUGUUGAACUGAGAACGGUGGAAAGUCAAAUAACUUACGAGAAACUUAUUCAGUGGACGAGGCUUGUCAAGACAGAAGAAGAAGAGGUGGAGUUUUUCCUUCCAAAGUUUAAACUGGAGGAGACAUAUAACAUGAAGGAUGUUCUUUGCAAGCUGGGCAUGCCUGAUGCCUUUGAGGAGGGCAGAGCAGACUUUUCUGGAAUAUCUUCCAAGCAAGGUCUAUUUUUGUCCAAUGUUGUGCAUAAAUGUUUUGUGGAGAUCAAUGAGGAAGGUACAGAGGUUGCAGCUGCCACUGAAAUAGUUGCAGUGGGGACACCACUGACUCAUCGGUGCUUGCUUGCUGACCACCCAUUCCUUUUCCUCGUUCAAGAUGAUAGGAGUGGAGGGAUUCUGUUCCUUGGCCGGUUCUCCUCUCCCUGAGGAAAGGGUGUUCUUUUCAGUAUUUUGCCCACCCUCCAUGGUUUGCCCGAUCCAUAAAUAUGACAGUUACGAAAUAAAGGCUUUAUGGUAUCA